AUGCUGCAGCCUGAGCUGGGAGCUCCGCUCCUCCUACUGCUCCUGAGUGUCACCUCCCCGGGGGUCUCACUGCUAUCAUCUCUGCGUGUUGCUGCAAUCCUUGAUGAUCAGACUGUGUGUGGCCGCGGUGAGAGGUUGGCAUUAGCACUCGCUCGAGAACAUAUCAACAGCCACACACAGGGAGCUUCCAGUGGACGGGUUGAAGUGGAAAUCUUUGAACUGCAAAAAGAUAGUCAGUACGAGACUACCGACACAAUGUGUCAAAUUCUUCCCAAAGGAGUGGUCUCUGUUCUGGGGCCUUCAACCAGUCCAGCCUCUGCAUCCACUGUCAGCCACAUCUGUGGAGAGAAAGAGAUUCCUCACAUUAAGGUGGGCCCCGAGGAAGCUCCCAAGCUCCAGUAUCUGCGAUUUGCUUCCGUCAGUCUUUACCCAAGUAAUGAGGACAUUAGCCUGGCUGUGUCACAUAUCCUGAAGUCUUUCCACAAUCCGUCUACCAGCCUCAUCUGUGCCAAGGCUGAAUGUUUACUGAGGUUAGAAGAGCUUGUUCGUCAGUUCCUCAUUUCUAAGGAUACACUCUCCAUCCGAAUGUUAGAUGAGUCUAAUGACCCAGUACCCCUGCUGAAAGAGAUUCGUGAUGACAAGGUGUCUACGAUUAUAAUUGAUGCAAAUGCAACCAUAUCUCACCUCAUCCUAAAGAAGGCCUCAGAGCUUGGGAUGACAUCUGCUCAUUACAAGUAUAUCCUGACUACAAUGGAUUUCCCUCUGUUACCACUGGAUGGAGUAGUUAGCGAUCAUUCCAACAUCCUGGGCUUUUCCAUGUAUAACAGCAGCCACCCAUUUUAUCUGGAGUUCCUGAGGAGCCUUAACAUGUCUUGGAGAGAGAAUUGUGAACUUGGCACCUACUUGGGGCCUGCACUUUCAGCUGCUUUAAUGUUUGAUGCAGUACAUGUUGUGGUCAGUGCUGUACGAGAAUUAAAUCGGAGCCAAGAGAUAGGAGUGAAGCAGCUGUCCUGCAGUACUUCACAGAUCUGGCAACACGGCACAAGCCUCAUGAACUAUCUGCGCAUGGUAGAGUAUGACGGCCUCACUGGACGGGUAGAAUUCAACAGCAAAGGUCAGAGAACAAACUACACCCUGAGGAUCUUGGAGAGAGCAGGGGAUGGACACCGAGAGAUCGGAGUCUGGUAUUCCAAUCGCACCCUGGCUAUGAAUGCCAGCAGCUUGGAAAUUAAUAUUUCAAAGACUUUGGAGAACAAGACUCUGGUCGUCACCACCAUCCUGGAAAAUCCAUAUAUGAUGCGCAAAGCAAAUUUUCGCUCCUUGUCAGGAAAUGAUCAGUAUGAAGGCUUCUGUGCUGAGAUGUUGAAGGAGCUGUCCAAUCUCCUUCAUUUUGACUACAAAAUCAAACUGGUGGAGGAUGGGCUUUAUGGUGCUCCUGAACCUAAUGGUUCCUGGACGGGAAUGGUUGGCGAACUCAUCAACAGGAAGGCAGAUCUUGCUGUUGCUGCUUUCACAAUAACUGCAGAACGAGAAAAGGUGAUUGACUUUUCCAAGCCAUUCAUGACCCUGGGGAUCAGCAUCUUGUACCGCGUGCAGAUGGGCCGGAAGCCGGGUUACUUCUCCUUCUUGGAUCCCUUCUCUCCUGCUGUUUGGCUCUUCAUGUUGUUGGCUUAUCUGGCAGUCAGCUGUGUGCUGUUCCUGGCAGCCAGACUCAGCCCCUAUGAAUGGUACAAUCCACACCCCUGUCUACGUGAACGUCAUCACAUCUUGGAAAACCAGUAUACCUUGGGUAACAGCCUUUGGUUUCCUGUGGGAGGAUUUAUGCAGCAAGGUUCAGAAGUUAUGCCUCGGGCACUGUCUACAAGAUGUGUUAGCGGAGUAUGGUGGGCAUUUACUCUAAUCAUUAUUUCCUCAUACACGGCCAAUCUUGCUGCCUUUCUGACUGUGCAACGUAUGGAGGUCCCCAUUGAAUCAGCUGAUGACCUGGCAGAUCAGACAAACAUUGAGUAUGGGACGAUACAUGGAGGUUCCACCAUGACAUUUUUUCAGAAUUCACGAUAUCAGACAUACCAGCGCAUGUGGAAUUAUAUGAACUCUAAACAGCCCAGUGUGUUUGUGAAGAGCACAGAAGAGGGUAUUGCAAGAGUGCUGAAUUCUCGUUAUGCCUUCCUGCUAGAGUCCACUAUGAAUGAAUACCAUCGUAGACUCAACUGUAACCUCACUCAGAUUGGUGGCCUGCUAGAUACUAAGGGCUAUGGCAUUGGGAUGCCUCUGGGGUCUCCGUACCGAGAUGAGAUAACCCUUGCAAUUCUUCAGCUUCAAGAAAACAACCACCUGGAAAUACUGAAGCGGAAGUGGUGGGAAGGAGGCAAGUGUCCCAGAGAGGAAGAUCAUCGCGCCAAAGGGCUGGGGAUGGAGAAUAUUGGAGGUAUUUUUGUAGUUCUUAUUUGUGGCCUGAUCAUCGCUGUUUUUGUGGCAAUUAUGGAGUUUGUCUGGUCAACGCGACGUUCUGUCGACAAUGAAGAGAUCUCAGUAUGCCAAGAGAUGUUGAGUGAGCUGCGAAGUGCUGUAUCCUGUAAGAAGACUUCUCGUUCAAGGCAUCGGCGCCGACCAGCCCGCCAUCUGCAUGGAAGAACUCUGCUUUCACUUAGCCGACCACCACGUGCCACACGAGAGACUCGCCUCUGCAAUGGGCGUCUCUACCAAUCCCACCAGCACCCCCCUGCCCCACCUCACCCUCCACCUGCUCCAGGAGCUCAACGGCUCCAUGAGGAUCCUCCAUCUUCCUCUGGCCGGGGAGGAUGUGCACACUUUAGAAUCUGCCAGGAGUGCCGGCGGAUACAGACUCUACGAGGCCCCCCACCGGUGCCUAGGCCCCCUCAGUCUCCCAAACCUCCCCCUCCUCCUACUCCAGAAAACCUCACCCCACUUUCACACCACCGGAGACUAGCAGACCCUCUAGAUGCUGGAGCCCCUGAGUGAAGCAGGGAUUUUGGUCUCAUGGAGACCAAUUAAUGAAUAGACAACUUGGAUUAGAAGAGGAGGUACUUUAAGGAGAGAACAUUAGGGCAAAUGGACCUUGAAUAUCUCCUCCUUCUCCUUGUUCCUCCCAAUAUUUUGUUUUGGGUGAGGGUCUUUUUUAAGCCUCCUCUGUAUUCAUCAGAAACACUGCGAUGCCUCAGUCUUUUACAAUGUACGCUGUGCGUGCGAAAUAAACUAUUCCCUCCCACCCUAUGUGUGCCAGAGUUCCCCUCCCCAUUUGUUACUGCUCUAUGAUGUCUUCUAAAAAAGCCCUACAAGGAUUUAUGUGUUUGUGGGUGGAGG